AUGGUGCUCCCAAAGAGCAAGAAUAGCGUGGGCCUGGGCAACAGUUUAAUGAACGACCGCUUUGGCAAAGGCAAAGGUGCAGACAGGAAGAAAGUGUCGUCCCAGCAGGGAGUUAUCCGAACAGAUCAUACGACUGGUCAGACCUAUGUGACAAACGCAGCCAAAGAAGCCUCCUGGGUCAAAAUGCGCAGUGUCACCGAACAGGGCGCGCUCGAUGAAUUCCUCUCCACCGCCGAACUGGCAGGCACAGAUUUCACCGCUGAGAAGAUGAAUAAUGUCAAGAUCAUCCAUACCAACCAAACAAAUCCUUACUUGCUUAGUGCAGCCGAAGAGAGAGGCGCGAGGAGAAAACAUGCUCAAAAUAAAUCGCGACUCACCGUUCCCAGAAGGCCUGCUUGGGACGAGUCCACCACACCACAACAGUUGGACGAGCAAGAGAAAGAGAGUCUGUUGGACUGGAGACGGGGGCUCGCCGAAUUACAAGAAAAUGACGACCUUCUCAUGACCCCAUUCGAGAGAAAUAUUGAAGUCUGGAGGCAAUUGUGGCGCGUCAUCGAGAGAUCGGAUCUGAUUGUGCAAAUCGUUGAUGCUCGAAAUCCAUUGCUAUUCAGAAGUGAAGAUCUGGAGAGAUAUGUGAAAGAUGUCGACCCGAAGAAACGCAAUCUGCUUCUUGUCAACAAAGCCGACAUGAUGACUGAGGAACAGAGGCUCUCCUGGGCUGAUUACUUCCAGGCGCAGGGCAUUAAUUACAAGUUCUUCUCUGCCCACCUCGCCAAGGAAAUGAAUGAGGACCGUGAUGCCAUGGAAGAACUUGAUGCACGACAACUGCAGCAGCAGAUGGACCGCAACCAGCCGGAAAAGACCAUGGUUCAAAACGUUCAAGAUCUCAACCUAAAGGAAGUUGAGGAAGAUGGGUUGUCGGGUAAGGAUGAGGAUGACGAAGGCUCAGAGCAACCGCAAAGUGCCAGCAAUGAGAGAUCAACGGAAAAAACUCAAAUCCUGACUGUGGACGAACUCGAGGCCCUCUUCCUGGAAAACAUCCAGACGGACAGUGCCAUAGAUCGAAAGACCACAAUCGGCCUAGUUGGCUAUCCAAACGUCGGAAAGUCAUCCACUAUUAAUGCUCUAAUCGGUGCCAAGAAGGUCAGUGUAUCGUCCACACCAGGCAAAACGAAACAUUUCCAGACAAUUCAUCUUUCGGAUCGUGUAAUCCUCUGUGAUUGCCCAGGUCUGGUCUUUCCCAAUUUUGCAACCACAAAGGCAGAGCUAGUCUGCAACGGCAUCCUACCUAUUGAUCAACUACGUGAAUUCAGUGGCCCUGCAGCACUUGUUGCACAGAGAAUUCCCCAGACAUUUUUGGAGAAUGUCUAUGGCAUGAAAAUUGCCACUCGGCCAGCGGAGGAAGGCGGCACUGGGGAACCCACAGCCUCUGAGGUUCUCCGGUCCUACGCAAAAGCACGAGGCUUUGCAACAACCGGUCACGGCGGGCAGCCAGAUGAAUCCAGAGCCGCAAGAUAUGUGCUUAAAGACUAUGUAAAUGGCAAGCUUCUAUACUGCCACCCGCCGCCUCAUGAUCCAGAGAUCGACGGGAACGAGUUUAACGCCCCAUUAUACGAUUUUGCUCAUCUACCAGCAAAAAGACAAGCCUGGCUGAUUGCUCACAAUGACGAAGCGAAUUUCGCGGACGACUUGGAAUCACAAGCCUCAAUGCCUGUGCGGCCGCAAGAAACUGGGUCGCGCUCCAAAAAUCUUGAUAAGGGGUUUUUCGGCCCAGGGUCACGAAAUGCCGGACACUUAAUUCGACCGUUCAACCAUCAAUAUACCGAGCAAGGUCAACAGCAGAAAGAACUCCAUGGUCGGAAAGCAAGGACAAUGACGGCCCUUGAACACAAUGUCGAUCCCGCUGAUCUUAAGCUGAACAACAAAAAACAUUUCAAAGGCGCGAAGAAGAAGACUCGAACAGUAAGAGCUGAGUAUAACGAUGAUGGUUAG